AAGACGCUUAAUAAGUUUGUCAAGAUAUCAACAUGGCAUCCAAGACAGCGGAGAAAAAGAGUCGCCGCGAUGUCAAUGCGGGAAGGGUGCUGGACGAGGCUGCAAGAAGGCGCAGAGUCAGGAAAGCGUUGGAAGCUCUCGAACAGGACAACUUCCAUGAUGAUCCUCACGGAGAUCUGGUUAUGAGCAAGAAGGCCCCAAAGUUCAGUGACCAAUUGGAAACAAGAGGCGGCGGCCGUAAAAAGAAGCACAAACAUUCUGCUGAGUACUAUAAGCAAAAGUACAGAAAAACCUUCAGUCAAUUGGUUGAAGAGGGCCAACUAGCACACCCAGAUCCACCUAACUACCUUUCCGCUCAGGCAGAACCAUCAAAGAUGCCAGAACGCCAUUUCUGUGCAGUCUGUGGUUUCCCCAGCAACUAUACUUGCAUUCAAUGUGGAACACGCUACUGUUGUGUACGCUGCCUUGGAACACACAAAGAUACACGCUGCUUGAAAUGGACUGCAUAAAUUUGUAAG